UUUUACAAUAAAUACUGGCUCCUGGUCGCUUUAGGUUCUCAAAAACUUCAGCUGACUCUAAUCUACAGACUGACUGAAUAGAGGUGGACGCCUGUAACAGACAGAAUGAGUUUCCAGUGGUGCGUGCUUUUCUCCAGUGUGCUUGUAGCGCUGUUUGGGGGGCUGACUGAAGCCUGCAGCUGUGGACCCCAACACCCCCAGACUGCUUUCUGUAACGCUGAUGUGGUGAUCCGAGGAAAAAUCGUCGGUUCUGAGGAGGUGAAUUUGGAGAACCGUACAGACGGGACAGGACUGUGGCUGCGCUAUGAGAUUAAACAAACCAAGAUGUACAAAGGCUUUGAGAGCGUGUCAGAUGUGCAGUACAUCUACACCCCUCACGACGGAGGCCUGUGCGGGUUUGUGCCCAGCGAUGCUACCAAGCAGACAGAGUUUCUCUUCUCUGGCAUGACCGCUGGGGGCAGGCUGACCGUGACUGUGUGCAGCUUCAUCCAGCCCUGGAACAAACUCAGCCCUGCCCAGAAGAAAGGGCUCAUGCACACCUACAAGCACAACUGCGACUGCAGGAUCACGGCCUGUAACUCUGUCCCCUGCACGCUGUCCACUGAAGCGGAGUGCCUGUGGACUGACGGCCUGUUCUCUCGCGACUGGGACCACGUGCAGGCCCGGCAGUACGCCUGCGUUCACCAGGGAGACGCUACCUGCAGCUGGGCAGUGCAGAAAACCGCGCGGCAGGCCUAGGGCCUGCAUGGGGCUUCCAACCAGUAACAGCGACUACAAUACUGAUGAAUAGCUUUACUGUUUGGGGAGGGCAGAGCCUUUUAAACCUCUAGAAAACUGAUUUGGGAUUGAAAGUUUUUGUUGUAUUCAAAGCCUAAUAAUAAAAUAAACAUUUACUAAUAUAAUUCAGUGCUAUUUUUAAAUCGGUUUACUGUUGUAUGAUGUUUGCAAUCAUUCUGAGUGGUUCUGGGUUCUCCAGUGUUAAGUUAUUUUGUUAUUGUAAGGUUUUUUUUUCUAAAUUUACUUGGCUUGUUUUGAGUUGGCCUGGAGAUAUAGAGAAAUGAUAAGAACUUAAUAUUGGAGCAAGAGAUCCCAGAACCACUCGGAAUUCUUGCCAACACUAUCAAGGAAACGUACACAACCAAAAAAAUAAUAAUUUUAAGAUUGCUGCUAUUUAAAAAAAAAAAAAGUUAUUGGGUUAGGGGUGUCAUAAUUAAAAAUGAAUCCUAUGCUGAAAGGAAAACCCAAGUAUAAGUAAAUAUUUAUUUAGUUACUUCUGUGUCUUUUUUUUUUAACCUAUUAAAUAACAAUUGAUUACAAAUGUGUUCAUUAGAUCCUGCUUACAAUCAAAGUUUACCAGUUGCAGACUGUUGUCUGAAUAAUUUAGGACCAACUUAUUUCUUUGCACUGAAUGCAGUUCUAUUUCAACUAAAUUCUAUCUUCUGAAUGCAUGAUCAGCAGUAGAUUUGAAUUCUUAUUUUUUUUUCUAUAGUUUUUAAAUAGAUUAUUUGUAUUUCUGCAUAAACUGUUUGUUUUUUUUCACAAUAAAAAUUUGUAUCAAACCUAA